AUGUUUGGUUCCAAUAUCAAGAAUAUCUUGGCACCCAUCAAAUUUACCCCCCCAUCCACAACUCAUUCUCAUGAUGUUGCUGAUCUUGGCAGUCUUCUCGAUCAACUGGAAGAGCAAGAUAGUGAUGAAGUCUUGAUUAACCAUCACAUCAGAAACUUCUCUAAAUAUUUUAGUUCUACAAAACAAGCAAUUCAAAACUGUUUAAUUCCAUUCAAUGACAGAUUGAAAAAAUUAAAAUUUGAUGGUCAACCACUAAAAUUUGCUUCUGUUUUUCCAUGGAAUUAUACAACUUGA